UGACUUCAUGACUUUAUUAUGUGGUUUAAAUCUUCAUAUUGUGUCGAAAGCAAGGAAGGCAAAAGCUUUGUCAGUUUUUCUCCUCACACUAAUACACUCAUCUGUUUGUCAGUUCAUGAUCUACAAAUCCCAACAGCACGUAGAUACACACUGAUUUAUGAUGCAUACAAGCAACCUCAUGAGUGCUAAAAUCUGCAAUUCCUCAAGUGUCCACUUGAGGCUGUCUCCAAAAGUGAGUGAAACCCCAUCAAGCCCCAUAAAAAAGUGUCAAACUUUACAGCCAAAUAAAUGUUUACAUCCAAGAACAAAUCGGAGAUUGAUAUUUAUUAAAAUCACUGAUGAUGUGAAAGCAAAGAAUAAUUUAGGGGUAUCUUUUCCUAAUCAACGGGAAGUUGCAGCUAGCUGUCCAAUAGGUGUCACCUCAGCAUAUUUAAUUCCCUGAUGUAAGUGCAUUUGGAGAUUUUCUUUUGCACCUGUGAAAUAAACAAUCUGGCUUGCAUGUAAUUUCUUGCACCUUAUAAGUUUGUGUUUCAGCAAUAUUCAUGGAUAAAGUCUGAUUUGUUCAUUCAUAUGUUAGCUCAAAUUCGCAGGUAUGGGUGGCUUGUUUAGUAUCAUUGUUUAAAUAUUAACAAUUUUAUCUUAUUCAGUGUGGUUUUUCACUAGGAAAGCACCUGAUGAUGUGAGUGUUAAAGACAUCUCAGUCUUAUGAUGUGUCCCAAAUGUUAAAAUGGGAUCACCCAAAAGGGGCGGAGUCAACCUCUUUCUGGUUUAUGAGAAACAAUGGCAGAGAAUUGCCACUGCUGCAAAUAAAAAAAGAAUGCAAAAAAAGAAGUCACAACGGAAGUUGUCGAUACAAAAAAAAAGAAACCAAAGCCCACUGCAAAUAAAAAAAUUCCUUCCUUCAUCUCCUUAAAGUAAUAAUCACCAUAUUAAUCAUUUUGCUCUGCAGACGCGGUAGUUCUUCUUCCUUAUGGGUCUGAUUGCGUUUCCAUAAAGAAAUGAUCAUAAAUGUUCUUCCUUGAGCUGCGUCACCCCACAGUAGUCCGUAAUGGACUGGCCUGAGGUCUCGCUACAAACAAACGGCUGCUGGAAGAGAGUAGGUGAGUUGUGUUUCGUCUCUUUGCUAAAGAAAUCAGGCAAAGUUAAAAAGAUGUUUGGUGGCUAGAACUAUGGCUGGGACCCUAUAUGUACUGUUGCUGUAGUUAGGUGCUGUUCUGAGCAUUAUUUGUGGCUAUAGAGUGGUGUUUUGGUUGAGGUUUGUUGAUGGCUCCUCAGACUGCUGUGUAUUGCUAUCGUGCGGUCGUUACUAAAGUUGGUAAAACUCAAGACGCAAGUGGUCUGCAACAUUCAUCUCUCAAGGGGGUGUCUAACUCGGCAUUAUAGUAUGUUUGACCCUAAAUCAAUUUUACGCCGUAAUAUCCCUUUAAGUCCAAUUAUUUUCUGUGCAAAAUGUUGUGCAAAGAUGACCAUGUCUGCAAUGCCAACUCUAUUUGAAACCCAUGAAAAAAGUCAGAAAAUUAAAGUUUAUUACACGGAAAAGAGGAAAACUGUGAGUUGAUCUUCCUCCCUGGAGUCUUCCUCACCUCCCUCGCCCUCCCCUCCUCCUUGUGUACUUAAAUGGGGGAGGGGGGAGGUACACACACACACACACACACAUACGGCAGCAUCCAGUGCUGAUGUCAGACUCCAGUCAUGUCGACCCUCCUCAGCACCAUCAGCACCAUCAUCUUCAUGGCUUUUCAGCACAGACGUAAGUAAACCGGCUCUACAAUUCAAACCUUUUCAUCCUCUAACUUCCCUUCGUUUAUUUGCCGCCGAAAUCCGCCGGUAUGUUCGGUUUCUGCUCUUGUAAAACCUCUCUAUUUACCGGUGAAAACGGGGGUUUCAGUUUUUCCAAGCAGGUCAGGCUGGAUGUUUUGGUUGCGCAGCGGUGGAUGCGGUCAGAGGAAAAGGCUGAGCUAUGACGCUUUUAUGAUCCACUGGAGAGGAAAGCAGACAGAAAUGACCGACGUGUUCCUCACAGACAGCAUGAGAAAGAGGAGGAAAUGUCACCACGCUCGUUUAGGAUGAUGAAAAACUCUGUGGAGCAGCGCGAUGAAUCUGAAUGCGGCGCAGAUGAAAUGAAUUCUCAUUGUUUUCAUUCAGGAGGCUUUAACCCCUGCAGAUUCAUCUGUGACUGUAAAAUAACACCCAGAGUGACGGGCACAUUUUCAUUCAGCGAUGUCUGACAGUAUAUCAAAGCUGACAAAGGCGUGAAUGCACGUGUUGCGUUCAGGUGUUGUCGGUUUUCUUGAACCUAUCUCCACCUGUCAUGUAAAUAAACACUGAGAUUCUGACAGCAGUAAAUUACCGUCAUUUUACAGUCCCUCUGUUUCCAUUAACAGUGUGUGUGUCAGGGUCAUUUCACGUUGUAGAUUUCUGAACAUCUUGUAUUUUUUUAAUUUUUUUAGCAGACUUAAUGCAUAAAGCACACAAUGUUUCUUGUAGUCUCAUUAGUAAUUGUUUAAAGGUACUUCUAGUGUUACUCAUAAAUAACAGUAGACAACAUAUGUGACAGCUGGGGUAGGCUCCACCCACACAACGCCAAACAGGAGAAGCGGUUGGAUUAAAAUAAUAGUUGUAUGGAUGGCUAAUAUAUGAGUAACUGCAUGUUGCCUUAAGUAAUAUUUUCUCAUUGCAUUGACAUUGUAAUAUCAGUGUCACAGUCUGACUCACCAAAGAGGAAUCCUGCGGCUUCAUUACCUGAGUCCAUUACCAUCAUUGUUAUUCAAAAUAGAUAGGAGGUGGGGCUGUUUAAGCUUUUGAGUCUAAGUGGCAAUCUCUGGGUUUAAAAUAUGAAGCCAGUGAGGAAGUGCUAAAAAAAAAAAAACAGCAGUUUCUUGAGUGUCCAAUUGAAGCUUACUGCAGAGCCAUUGCCCUUAAAUGGGGUCAUGUUCAGUCUGAGAAGUAAGAGGUCUCAUUUUCACUUCAUCAGAAGCGGCUCGGAUCAAUGUGAAAUGAAGUUUGGGAGCACCAGGAAAUUGCUAAUUGAGGAAGGACCGCUGUAGCGCAACAUAAUGAAGGUACAGCAGUGCAAAUUAUCAGGCAGCCACAGGUGGAGAGAGAAGAGCAGGGAGAGGAGGUGGAGAAGGUAGGACUGGGCGAUAAAACGAUAACGAUAUAAAUCGAAAAUUAAUUUCUCUCAAUAUCAAUAUAAAGCAUGGUCAAUAUGCUUUUUGAUAGUCAGCAUCGCUGAACCGAUCAUGUGCUGAAUUAGAACCAAGUAGCAAAACACUGCGUAGUAGCAGGCUGCAGCUACACGCAACAUUAGCACUUUCACACGUGAAACCAACAGCACUGUUGGUGAGAAAAAAAGAAAAUGAGUGCUACCCCUGGGAGAAAAACAGAUAAAACUCAACAAAUGAUAAAAACGUUGACAACACUGGCACGAAAACGUUGGUGUUGUGGAGGUAUUUUGUUUUUUUUGAGGUCAGACAUAAGGCAGAGUAAUGUGCACUGCAAAUUAUAUAGAGGACAUGUUCUCUCAAAGUCAAGAAAUACCUCAAAUCUUUCUCACCACCUGAAGCAGUGCCACGUGGCAGAGCAUGCGCAAUGCAAAAGGUUACAAACCCCGAGCGGAGCAAGGUGCACCUGUGCAGCCGAAACAGCCGACCAUUCAAUCUGCUUUCUCUAGCGCAACGCCUUACGACAAAACAAAGACCACAUAGAUUCAGUAGCUUAUUGUAUUGCAAAAGAUGCUACCAAUAAGCACUGUAAAUUUCAUUUUUUUAUAUUGUGAUAUAUAUCGAUAUCGACUGAUGAAAAAUAUAUUGUGAUAAACUUUUUCCCAUAUCGCCAAGCCCGGCGGAGGAGGUUGGUGCUCGUGUUUCUGUUUCUGUUUACUGAGCCCAACAAGAGGGAGGCUGUAGCUUUGAACAAAAUAAUGACUGUGGCACACUUUUCAACUGAUUGCAUUUCAUCAACUAUCUUAUCGGCCUUAAUAUUGGCCCAACGACUGGCCAAUAAUCAGUCGACUCCUCAUGCUAACUACAUAUGACAAUCACAGAAUAUUUAUGUGGGUAGAAAUAUAACUUAUGUCUUAAAUAGUUUCUAUACAAUAAGCUCUCUCCAUUAGUGUUUGUUUCUACUCUCAUUAUUUUACUAUGGAUACAAACUACUUUGCCUGUAGUGCUAGUGGGGCUUCGCAAAAUCCAGGAAGCUAAAUAAGCAGACAAGCCAGGAUUUUGGGGUAAUUUUAUAUAUUUUACUGAACGUUUCAAUAUUGUACUAAUUAUGUGACUGUGAGGCUGACAUAAUUAGUACUGUGAGGUUGAUUUUGUUGAAGGGUUUAAAGUUGUAAAAUUUGUUUGUAACAGGAGGUGAUGCUCCUGCUCAGGGGAUUACAGCUGAAUAGGGGUCCACUGUCUCUAUCAAACUAACCAAACAAAAUUAAAAACAUAAAUAGGCAAAAGGCUUGAAUGAUCAUUUAAAAAUAAUUUUGUGCUCAGUUAUGCUGAGCAAAAGUUUUGAUUAUCAAUCUGCUUUGAGCGAAAUCAAAACAAAUCAAAUCAGAUCUUUUGUUGUUUUAAUGAAUCAGCCUUGAAUCAAACUGUUGCCAUCAAGGAUCAAGUAAGGUGAGAGGGGAGAUUCGGACCUGCAACAGAUUGUUUUUUUAACAAAACAAAUCCCAUCCUGCUCCCGUUUAUUAACACGUUCAUAUUAUACAGCACUCACUGUGAGAAUUAUCUGUAGAAACAGAAACACAGAAAAGAGUUUUUUCAGUAAAACCGUCUCGUCUGACAUCCGCCCCCUCGCAGUCAUCACAUUAUAGAAAUUGUCAGUCUUGUCCUUGGUUGUCUCAUUUGCUUUUGCAGAUCAUAAAGUGGCAUCACUGUUCAUUCUGUGUUAUAUCCAGUUAAAAACUCCCGAACAAUCGCUUCUUUUAUUCAAUAAGCCUUCUGGCCCAGAACUUUUGAGAGGAUCUGAUGCUUUUGUUAAGUUUUGGUGAAAAAAUGGUGUCACAUUUGGAUGCACAACCUCACACAGACAUUUUUCUGAGACUUUUUUUGUUAAAAUUUAACACCUCAGCUCUCAGCUUUUCUUCGCAGCCCUCCAUCAGAUGUCUUUGAGAGUCGUUGAAACUAAACUCGGACUUUUUACUUCUCUCAUUACUCCAUCUGUGCUCGUCUUGCUUUUAAAGCUGCAGGCUGACUUAUCAUUUUACCUCACCUGUCAUUCCUCCUUACAUCUCUUUCUCCUCCAUGUGAAAACUAAAACUAGCUGGAGGUGGGUGGUCUGCUCGGUCCUCUCAUACGGUAGCUGGAUGGACUCCAAUAAGGUGAAGAGUAACAGAGAGUUUUGGUGUACAUGUGUUUGGAGCAAUAGCAGCAGCAGGGUUGUUGCUGCAGAAGGUGGAGGGAGAGAUGAAGGGGCUUGGAGAGCAGGUUUUAAGGUGGUAUUUGAGUGGGCGGAGAGAAUGACAUCCAACACAACAGAGAGAGUGUUAACAUCAAACACAUGGAGCAAAAUAAGGAUAAAAAUUGCCUUAAUUGUCCUGACAUUUUCAGUGACGGACAUCAAGCUAGAUUAGGUUCAUAGUUUAGAGAGAGAGAGAGAGAGAGCAAGAAAAUAAGUGGUACAAGCAUAAAGGAUUAUUACGCCAACAAAGAACACAUGUAUUCUGUUGCAAACUAAUUAGGAUUAUGAUAUUUAAUCAUUUAGUCUACUAAACCCACACAUCUUUAACACUGACAGCGUUAAUCUUUUACCCAAAAACCAAAGCAUCAAGCUUAUAAACUCUAUGAAAUGAUAGAGGACAUGAUGGCUCCCCAAAAGUGUAGUCAAAACAUUCAUAAAGCUUGCGUCCUCUAUGCGGGGUGACACAGUUCAAGGAAGAACAUUUAUGAUCAUUUCUUUAUCAUUCCCUUGAAGUAAUAAUCACCAUAUUAUUCAUUUUGCACUGCAGACACGGUAGUUCUUCUGCCUUAGCAUUUCGGUCUGAUUGCAUUUCCAUGAGGAAAUGAUCAUAAAUGUUCCUCCUUGAGCUGUGUCACCCCGCUGCAGUCGAUGGACUCGCCCGGAGGUCUCCGUACAAGUAAGCGGCUGUUUAGUCACUUUGCUAAAAAAAUCAGGCAAAGCUAAAAAGAUGUUUGGUGGCUAGUGCUGUGGCUGGGACCCUAUAUGUACUGUUGAUGAAGUUAGGUGCUGUUCUGAGCAUUAUUUGUGACUAUAGAGUGGGGUUUUGGUUGAGCGCGUGGCUCUCUGUAUUGCUAUCUGUGGUGGUUACUAAAGUUGGUAUAACUAGAGAAGCAAACGGUCGGCGACAUUCAUCUCUUGACGGGGUGUCUAUCUCAGUGUUACGGUGUGUUUGACCCUAACUUAAUUUACACCAGAAUAUCCCUUUAAAUAUAUAUUUUUUUCACACAAAUAUUUUUUUUUUCUGUCAUUAGUUUCUAUCCUGCUGAUUUAUAUCCAAGGGUUCAUUUUUCUGAGAUAUUUUGUUUUUACCAGAAAAAUUUAGCAGAAAAUGCAUGGAAAUGCUGAUCGUUGGUAGCUGGCAAUCCAGUGCAAAAUAUGGAUUUACACUUGGAUGGUUAAUUGACUGACACUGAUUUUGCUCAUAGAAAGGAUGCUACUGUGAGGAAACCAUUAGUAUUACCUGAUUUCCAUUCGCACAUUUACCACCGGGAGAUAUUUGGGGUUUGAUGUUUUGCCCAAGGAUAGUUGGCAUGUGACUGCAGGAUCUGUUCUGCAACCUUUGGAAUGACAGUUGACUGACUGCACUAAGUCACAGUUUACCACAAUAUCUCACUGAAAAUAUGAAUAUAUGAGAGAAACUUGUUUGAUGGUGCAGUUGUAUUAAUAGGAGUGCAGGUUUAAGCUGUCUGAAACUUUCCUUACAGGCUACCUGCUGUAAAAUCAUAAACCCUCCAGUCCAAGUUUUUUCUUAUCAUGCUGAUCUAUAUUCAAGAAUUACUUUUUACAGGAAGCCCACUGAGCAAUAGAUGGCUAUUAGACAUCUUGUUUUUUGUUUGUUUUUUAAGACCUAAUUUCAACAGUCUAGAUUCUGUAUAAUCUUAGACGGAAUUUAGACGUUGCACUUGAACCUAUUAUUCGAUAACUACUUAUUGCAAAAAGCAACUGUGAGUUGCAUAACUGAUCUCCAAGUAAAAAAUCCUGCUCAGCAGGAGUUUAAUUUUUGGUAGAAAAAUUCAAAUUUUUGCAGAAAUUUUGUGGAAAUGCUGAGAGUUUAUAACCUAUUUAAAAACGCAAGUGAAACAAUAUGAAUAUGUGAAUAUAAAUGUGUCAGAAAGUAAUUUAAAGCUGCAGUCGUGUUACUGAUAGUGACAGUGGUUGUGAAGUAGUAUUUUAAAAGUGGAAAAAGUAAAUGAAAGCAAAGCCCUCUUAAUUACUGGCCACAGUGUUCAUCAUAAGCUUCCCUUCUCUAUGAACAUGAGUCAUACCACAACAUCAAAAUAUAUAUGUGCAUAUUUUCUUUGUAAACCCUGAUCAUUUUAAUACUAUUUAACAGGGUAUAUUGGCAGCUCAGUUGACCAAUGGUGCUCCAAACAACAACACAGAAGUCACUGGACUUUCUAUAACCACGAGUGUCUGCAUUAAUCUCACACAAGAAUCCGUUCAGCCAAUCAAAAAUAGGAUCUUAGAGGUUUCAUUAGCAAGGUAAAUGUUUUGGUUUGUGUAAAGGGUAGAGCAUCAAUACUGCAGCUCUAUAAUGAGAAGACUCUGGCUAUGAAUUCACAAUGUGUCAAUACCAAUGAGGCGUAUUUUGGCUUCACUUCACGGUCUGUCUUUGAAUAAAAUCAAUUGUCUGGUCCCAUUUGGGUUUCACUGCAGAAACAGAAGGAGGCACUGGCUUUCAUAUUCCAGAUUUACACAUUUAUGUUUCUUGUACUGAUGUGUAAUUUACAUGUUAAGAAGGUCACGUGACUUCUAUGUUAUGACAUGAAGUCCUCAGCUUCUUCACCUCCUUCAUUUAUCUCCUCCUCUUUUCAUCUUUUCUGUCUUCAUGUCACGUUGUGUUUUUCUAGUCAUUUCAAUGCCAUCUCUUAUCUCUGUCCCUUUGAGUCUCUCUUUGUCUCUCCGCUUACUUACAGUGUGUUCACUGUGCGCACACACACACACACACACACACACACACACACACACACACACACACACACACACACACACACACACACAGAGUCUGAAUUAGCCUUCAGCUGUGCUUACAUACCAGCACAUGUCCUCAAGGACUCUUCUCGUUCUUUCUUCUCUUUCUUCUUUCUAACCUCGCCUUAUAACUCCUUAUAAAUCCUAACAGGAUUUAUCUGCUUCCUCUCUUCACUUUUUUAUGUUUGCAACUUAUUUUUUUCAUGGAGGUCAGAAUCUCAUUAAUUUCUGUGGUUUUUAUUAAUAAAAUAGAUGAUGAAUAAAAACUUUGACAUUGCUUAAGAGUUAACUUACAGCUUGUAUUUUCAGCAGCAAAUGUUGAAUAAAAGAACAAGUCGCUCUUUGGAGAAAAGGGGAAAUAUUCUGGUUCUGCAGAUCAUUUUAGUCCAGAUUUUUGCAAAAUUUUCUGCACAAUUGAAGAAUUAAUUGAGCUUCAUUUAAUUAAAUGAGGCCAUCUGUAGUCUUGAAUUUCUUAAUUUGUGCCUCAAUAAUUGUAAUUUAGGGUUUAGCAUAAAUAAUUCAGCUUUAGUCAAGUCAUAUCAGUGAUUUGCAAAUUAUUCAUGUAGUUUAUAAAGGCUUAAGGGCAAUGCAUGCUGCAAAAUAUGAAAUCUUUCAUAUUUAAAGUCCUGCAAUCUGACUGGGAAGAUCAAAGUGGAAAUAUGCUAAAAUUGGUCACCUGAUUAAAGCUUUUGUGUCUAACUUCUGUACGCUGCAGCAUACGCAGUAGGUCUACAAAGCCCUACUAUAUACUAUAUCGUCACCCUAUUAAAAUAAACGGCCUAAGUCAUUUUUUGACGAAAAGUUGUUCUUGGCCUAAAACAUCUCUAAAUCAUCUCAAGAGAUGAUUCAGGCCAAAAUCUAAUUUUCGUCAAAAAAUGACUUAGGCCAUUAUUUUAACAGGGUGACGAUAUAGAAGCUUAGAUCCGUAACUUUUGCUGCAUUCCAGUUGUACUCGGAGGUCGGAAAUCCCAAGCUACGAGUCAGAAAUUCAUUUAGAACGCCCCCCUGAAGUCCGAUUUCCAGCUUGGAAAGUUGGAUGUUUCUCACCAACCACGACUUGACAACAACGUCAUAAUCCAAGAUGGCAGCGCAGUGCAUCGACAGUAAAGAGUAACAGUGAAUGUAUUAUUUUUGGCACUUUUGUUUUGUUUUUGUGAAAUUAAAUAAGUGGUAUAUGUUUUACUGCCCAACGUCUAACUGUGAACACGGUGCUAUGGUGUUUGUAAGAGUAAAAUACUGUGUUAUGCGUUGUAUACAACUAGUAUCGCUAACAACAUCUAACAACAACUGGCAACGGCUAACGACAGCUGACAACUGGCAAUGGCUGACAACAGCUGACAAUUGUAAACAACUGCUAACAACGGUUAACUGUAGGCGUCUAUCUUGGUUUUUCAACUUGUUAACUGCAACGCCAUCAACUUGGGUGUAACGUCAUUCCCAGCUCCGACAUCCGACUUCUGAGGUAACAGGAACGCAGCAUUAGUGCACACCUUCUAGUCCAUAACUUGUCCAGUGAUUGGUCUGCUUGGCAGUCAUUUCCUCUCCUCAGUUGAGUAGUAGAGGAGGUUGUGUGAGUUUUUGGAGGUAGCAGGCAGAAUGGCGAUAUUUGUCAGAGCUACACAUCCACAUAAAAACAGCACAUUGCUGAGCAUGAUAGAAAUCUUCAUAUAGCAACACAGUUCAACCUAAGACUGUGUCUUGUGUAGCAGUGCAAUAAAUAAUCAAAUUUUAUGGUAAAUUUACAGUAAAUUGAAUAAAUCAGAGUCUUCUUUCUAUGUUUGUUGCACUUCUUUAACUCUGUGAACUUUUUUAUAGUGACCGAUGCGUUUGGAAGUUUGACAGCCGCUCUAUUUGAAUCUUCAGAGUCUGUUUUCAGUUCAGUUUGAAUCUUCUGAACGUUGAACUGUGACAGAUUUGAUAAAUACUGUUAAUGAUAUGCAAAAUUGCACAUUGCAUUGCUGCAAACACUGAUGAUGAGGCAGUCCACCGGGCCUUAUGUUUGACUGCAGGGGAUUGUGGGUAACGCAGACCAUUAGUCCAUUAAUAAAUGAAACAACCAUGUGAUGAAGACAUAUGGCCCUGCUCUGAUCUGCCCUCGGCUGGCUCCACGUGUGUGUGUGUGUGUGUGUGUGUGUGUGUGUGUGUGUGUGUGUGUGUGUGUGUGUGUGUGUGUGUGUGUGUGUGUGUGUGUGUGUUCUUCCAAAAAAAGUCGAUGGAGCUGAGUGAAUUGAGUAGAAAAUUGAGGAAGAGUGAAAGAGAAAGAGUGGGUUAGAAAGACAAUAGACACAGGCAGCGUGUGGGCUGGAUGUGUGUGUGUUAGUACAGAGUCUGUGGGCUGGAAGAGUGGGAGUUAUCUGCAGAGAGAUGCUUUGACCUCCCUGCAACUGCAGCUGCCUUUAGGCUCCACACACACACACACACACACACACACACACACACACACACACACACACACACACACACACACACACACACUCAAAGAGAACAUAGAGUUCUAGCAUCUCAGUGAAGCAGAGAGGGAGAGCGAGUUGUUUCAGUUAAAAUGAUCCUGAAACGGCCUCACAGCUGAAUUAACUGUCCUCACCAAGGUGCCUUUAGGAACACAUUCAACAACCAAUAUGACAAAAAGACAAUGCAACCAAAAGGAUCCAUUUUGCAGAAACAAGAAAAAACAUACUUUAACCUCUUUUCGUGGCAGAUUUUCCACAAAUAAACUGGGAUGUAUGAAAAAUGAGGGGCUUCACACUUGAUCUCACAAAAAUGGCUCAAAAAGGGCACGAUCCUGUUUCAGAUUUUGGCCCCUCACGAUCAAAAAACAUGAAAAUCGAGACUAAACCACUGUUGUGUGCCACCUGCUGUGUUGUCCCCAUAGACUGUAUAUACUAUGGACAACUUGGCUCCGCCUUCUGUCAGUAUACAGAUUUGAAGCCGAAAAAUAUUUUCGCGAUUUUUCUCCACCUCCUGAAACCAACAUUGUGCAGUAGCGUUGUACACAUUUGGCGGGAGAGUCGCUGUGCUGACGCUCGGCUCAAACAGCAUAUCCCCCGGGUGAGCUACGCAAUCUUUGUAUGCCCAUAGGCUGUAUCAAAUGUCAAUCAUAGAAAAUAUGAACCCCCUGAUAACUUUUAAAAAUGGAGCUGUACAGAAAAAAAGAGGACUUGAGCACAAACCAGUCUACAGGAACUAAAUGUCAACAUUGCAACCAGGAGGGAGAAAAAAUUAUAUUCUGUGUAAUAAAUUUCUAAAGUUUGUCCACAGCCCCAUAAGCUUUGCUGGUGGAGACAGGAUUUAUGACCUAUACUGCAGCCUGUCACCAGAGGGUGCUGUUCUCGGAGUGGCUUCACCCAGCAAGGAGGCAGACGGUGUCCAUUCUGUAUACAGUCUAUGGUUGCCCCUGUUACAUCCUUUACGUUGGAUGGAGUGCACCCUCCCUCUCUUCCUUAAUAGCAGAGUUUGGGUGCGGCCCCUCUCCUCGAACAACUUUCACUUUGACUCCAUCAUAAAUAUCUCAGAUCAAUGUAAGCCAAAGUUUGGGAGCACAAGGAAGUUGCAGCUCCUGUUAAGAUUAAUGUUGGAGUUUGAAUCUUCAACAUGUUGUGCUACAGCGGUACAAACUAUCAAGCAGCAGCAGGUGGAGAGAGGAGAGCAGGGAGAGGAGCAGGAGGAGAUGGGUGCUUGUGAUUUCUGGUUUGAAAAUGAGAGGUAUUGUUCUGAAUUAUAAUGAAGCACAAGUCAGAGGCCCGACAUUACGUACCGUAUAUUACAAAAAAUGUUAUAUAAAAGCUUGAAAAGACUAAAUGAUUUGUUUGAGACCUGCAGUCUGUGAUAAAAUAUAAGCCGUAAAAAAAGCUCCAGAACACGGUGUUCUUAUGAUUCGCAUAGUAUUAAAAAAAAUCUGCAGUGUGCAAGAACUUUGUCUAAUAUUGAUAUGAGGAAAAAGAAAAAGUAAUGCAUAUCAGCUGGUGAUAGUUUCUCUGACUUUCUGGUAGUUUUGCACAUUAAAACACGAUUCCUUUUAUUACAGUAAGCUGUCUCUUCUGAACCCCGAUAAAUUAUAAAUACCAGAGUGCUGUUCUUUUCUGUCACAUUACUUUCAUCAACCACUAUUCCUCACCCCUCCCCGCCUCCCUCAGCCUUUCACCACACAGAGCCAAAAACAUCCAGCAGUUAAUCUAAAGAAAGCUAACAGCGAGCUAAGGCUGUGUGAACGUAUACAGCCUCUUUUCACAGGGCUAAAUCUAACAGGACAAACAUUCACAUGCCGAGUGUGAAUGCAUUAAAUAGUUCAUGCAUGCAUGUUCACACAGCGAGGGUGAUGAAACUUUAAUUCAUUGUUCAGAUUUACUAUUCUGUAGUUUGUGAAUGUGUGCAGCUGUCUGCAGAUAUAGAGUCAUUGCUGUUACAGCUUGUGUAAGAUGUUCAUGUAUGAAAUGUUAAUGUGCUGCAGAGCUGCUCUGAUCUCCUGUGGCUUAGCAGCUGAAAAAUGUUCCACUUGAGGCUGAAUGUAUUUUUUUAUUUUUCCACAGUCAGACAAAUUUUUUGUCUAUAUAAACCCCAGACUGCAGCCUCUGGGGAUGAAAAUGAUGUCAAUGUGGAGGUUAAAAAAACUGCACAAAAGCUUGUCCACAUUUCAGGACAAUGAUAACACAGCAACCAUAACCCUAAGUUUUCAGUAGGUGAAGAAAGUGGAUCACAGAGCUACUAUUGGAAGUGGACAGAGCCAAGAUCAUCUUUUUAGAACUUAGUAUGAUCAUAUUUUUGGUGGGUAAGAGAGAAUAAUUUGCUGUAAGGCCUUGGGCACUUGGGUUGAGUUGUUUUAAAAUUCAUUUUCUAACCCUUAAAUUUGCAUCGUCAUUAUACUUGCCGACAAUGUCUCUUACUGCUCAUUUUUACACGUUUGCUGCUCUGUCAUUGUUCAAGAGCUGUACGUUUUGUUACACACUUGAGAUGAGUUCACAGUGGAAGGGAAAAAAACACUCACACAAGUGAAGGAAUAGCAAAUUCAACUUCAAGACAAAAUUAGAUACAAGUUCUCGUCAGGAGAUGCAAAUGAGAUGGUGCAGAUUGUGUAAACUGAGUGAAUCAUACGAGCAACUGAUGCAAAUUCACAACAUGUUCAACAUACUGUUACUUCAUUUGCUUAUUCCUGAGAGUUGAAUGAUCUGAACUCCAGCAAAACACUUGCACCACAUCAACCAAUCAACAUGGACAUCCUCAGGUGACUUACAUUAAUAACAGACCAGAAAACUGAAGAGAAACUGAACAUAACAGUGUGUAUCUAAUGGUCACUGCAUAGGGGAGCAGAAGGGCUGUGGGACAUCUCAAAUACCCUAGCAACGGUAAACACCAAAAAAUGUCAUAAUAGACGUGGCAUUAGUUUUGAGUAGAGACUUCUUUCUAAGGUUCCACUAGUUUUCAGUCUCAACAAAGAAACCUGCCACAGAGAGUCAAAGGGCAGUUUAAGGGAGGAUGUACUUUUACAGCAGCAGAUGGAAAACAACAAACCUUUGGCUGGGGGCUCUGAGGGCUCUUGGCUGCAGUUGGAACACAAACAUAAACACAUACACACAUAAACACAAAUAUCAACACACACUCAGACUGUCACCUCCGCCAAAGCAUGCGGCUUGGAAGAUUAAUGUCCAUUAGUGCCCCCGCCAUGCAAGGUGGAGAGCAAAGCAGACAUUCAUGGUGUUUUCUGGGGUGUCAUUUCAUAAUGCUCUAUCUUAGAAGUUGAAUCCAUAAAGAAUAUCCGACUUCAAUUAUAUUUUCAAUAUGAAAAUAUUUACGGAUAGUGCUCUUCUUUUGAGCAGACGCCCUUUCUUAGCAAAUAUGUCCCACUGCGCAAUGCGACGUCGAAAUGACAUCUAUUUAACGUACUUUUUCUACGAUGCGGUACAAAUGUGGACGUCAUUUCAACGUCUAAAAGAGGUCCAAUAAUGACGUCUAUAUCUCGGACGCGUUUUGCACGUUGUGCCGACGUCUAAAUUCGGUCUUCAGAUGACGUCAAAAUUCUGAACGUCAGAGCGACGUCUAAAAAAGGUCCAAUUUGGACGUCGAAGUUUCUAACCUAUUUUGCACGUCUCACUGACGUCUAGAUGUGGUCUUUGACGACCGACCCAAAACUGACUUGAUGUGCACGUCUCUUCGACGUCCGAUGUUUGGUGGGGUGACGGUUUUCUCACUCUUACUCAGGUGGGACUGUUUCUGCAUGUCUGCAGAGGUGAGAGUAAGCAGGUACCGGAAAGACAUAAACAGCAGUUUACAGCAGCGGUACACAGCGGUACGCAAACUUUCCCCCCUGCAGUGUAUGUUGGCUUCAAUUGCUUACCGUGUUGCCGCACGUCAGUCUGCACUCUGCAUUGUAACUUUAGUAAUCCAAGAGGACCAUGCUGCUUGCGAGUGAGCCGUAUUUGCUUCCGCAAACAAAAGCCAGCGCUCAGUGCGCACUUUUGAUUGGACGCUGGGGACCGCCUCCCGCCUUUUGCGGAAGGAGGGAAUUUUUAACCGACAGCUGCUUCAAUCUUAAAGGGAUAUUCCGGCGUAAAAUUAUUUUAGGGUCAAACCAUAAACUGCAUAUACUAUGGACAACUUGGUUCCACCUUGGUUCCGCCUACUAUGGAUCCUAUGAUCAUAAAUGUUCUCCCUUGAGCUUCGUCACCCCGUAGCAGUCCGUAAUGGACUGGCCCGAGGUCUCGCUACAAACAAACGGCUGCUGGAAGAGAGUAAGUGAGUUGUGUUUAGUCUCUUUGCUUAAGAAAUUAGGCAAAGUUAAAAAGAUGUUUGGUGGCUAGUGCUGUGGCGAGGACCCUAUAUGUACUGUUGAUGAAGUUAGGUGCUGUUCUGAGCAUUAUUUGUGGCUAUAGAGUGGUGUUUUGGUUGAGGUUUGUUUAUGGCUCCGUAGAGAGAUGCAGAAGAUGAUGAUACUGUAGCAUCAGAGUCAGCACCUAGGUAAACUUGGGUGUGCUCCUCUUUCACAAAUCCUACGGGUACAGUACCUGCAAGAACCUUAUCCUACUUUCACCCGUGCAUGUCUGUCACAACCUCCAGUCAUAAAGACCGUAAACCAGCAACAUAUAUGAGUCUAUCACAUGAAGUAGAAACCAUCACAAUUUUCUUUUUCUUCCUCUCCCCUACAGCCAACUGAUGAUGGAUCUAUUCCGCCGAGGAGAGCUGGGGCUGCUGGGAGGAGGAGAGGGGCUGAGAGAUGAUGUGGGCGUAUCCGGGAUCAGUUGGACAACCAAUCGGCUGCCAGACGAUAUGUACCCGGCAUCGGGACUGGCUCUGGCCGCUGCCUAUCAUGACAUCAAGACCAGGCUGGCCAGUUUGGAGAGGGAGAACAGCAGCAUCAAGAGGAAGCUCAAACACUAUGAGGUCAAGGUGGAGGGCAACACACACAAACACAUAAAAACACACAUACUCAUACUAAAAACGUCUUCAGUAAUUUGUGGGAACCGUGCUCUGUAAGGUCUCUGUGCACACUUUCAUUUCAUCACCCUAUUAAAAUAACGGCCUAGGUCAUUUUUUGACAAAAUGAGUUUUUGGCCUAAAUUAUCUCUAAAUCACCAAAAACUCAUUUUCAUCAAAAAAUGACUGAGCCUAUUAUUUUAAUAGGGUGACAAUUUGCAACAUAGCCGUAAUUAUGCAAUAAAAGAACCUACCACCGGAGGGCAGUAGGGAGUAAAAUGUCACUAUAAUUGAAGAAUAUUUACGAUGGCCAAAGACAGUCAUCCCAGCAUCUUAUUAGUGGGAGCUUUGUAACAUUUCCACACAAACAAAAUUGUCCUUACAAUAAAGGUUGUCCAUUAAGAGUUGGUCCUCAAGGAAGUGAAUCUCUCCUUUUUCUGCUGUGCAGUUUCCGAUGAUGAGUGACUUCGGUGAAGAGAGGAUACUGUGCUGUUCCUGUGAGCCCCUCAUCAAAGAUACCAGUAUAAUCCAAUCAGAGACGACCAACCUGCAGCAGAGGAUCAACUCUCUCACUCAGGAGGUACUCUGGAGUAAUAAAAGUUUUAAUCCAAACAAAAGUGAUUAAUAAAAUUUGGAUUAAUCAUUAGGUGGCUUUGUAAACUAUAGAGGACAGUUUGUGGAGCCACUGUGUGAUACAUUUAGAUCAUAUUGUUGGGGUAACAAAUGAAAUAACUUUUCCAUUAUAAUUUAUUACACAAUCUUAAGAGUUAAUCACAAUUGAUAUUAUUUAACUGCAUGUAAAAAAUCUAUUACUUUGCAUUUCAAAACUGUUUUUUAAAGUCUGUAGUUACAAGGUAAAACUAAUCAUGACUUUGGAGCCCAAUAAUUGAAAUGUACUUUAUGUUCCCCCUUCUAAAGGAGCCCCUCAAUUAGCCCCAUUCUUACAUUAUGUUUUGAUAUUAUCAGACCAGAAUCAUCCAUUAAACCAAAGUCUAAAAGUGUCUCGUCUUUUCGUUGUGUGACUCUGUCUCAGCUCCAAAAGAGUAAAGAGAGAGAGGAGAGGCUGGAAGAAGUCAUUCAGGCUUAUGAGAAGAUUCACUUAGAGAAGAGCAACAUCCAGAGAGACCUCGAUAAGAUGGUGAAAACACACUCACCCACAUAGAAGCACCAGUGUUGAUGUUUAUGCUACAGCUUGGGUCUCACAUGUGUUUGUGUGUGUGUGUGUGUGUGUGUGAUAGACGACUCUUGCAGAGCAGCAUGUGGAGCAGAUCCGCAGUCUGGAGUCGGCUCUCAGACAGAGAGAAACAUCCCUGCAGAAACUCAGCGCUCAGCUGCACAGCAAAGACUUACACCAGGCUCAGAGACAGGCCGGCCUGGACGUACCCAGAGGUGAGUUUAAAGAGGAUCCAACUGUAGAAGCAUUUUGACCCUGAUAGUAUUCGCAGCAGCAGGGCCAGGGAACUGUAGGUAGGGGGCAAAGCUAGUGCCAAUGAUAGUAAAAAUGACUACCUAAAAUAAGAUUCAGAAAUGCUCACCUGUAGGACAAUAACUAUUAUUUAUCAUUAUUUUCUUUUUCUAUCUUGAUUUGUCAGAGGGGCGCGGACCGACACUGCAGAGCUCUCGCAGUCUUGACGCUCUGUCAGACCUGAAGCUGCAAAGGCUGGAGGCGGAGCUUGAAGGGGCGCGGCACCAGGCCGACGGCGCGUGCAAGAGGGAGAAGGAGCUGAGAGCGGAGCUUCAGAGGCUGCAGCAGGAGCUCGCUCAGCUACAGGAAGCCCAGAGACAGGUACACUUCAGACUUCAAUUUACAUGUUACAUGAAGCUGGCGAUUCUACAAAAAGCCGAACAUAAAGGUUUGUUUACAAUAUAUGUUUACACUACACAACUUUUUUAGUGUUUUGUUGUCACUGACUCAACUUUAAAAAAAAUAAAAAAAAGUUACUGGCAUCAAAUUUUCUAUGAGCAUAGACUUUUAAUUCAAAGAUACAUACUUCAGUUUCAACAUCUGAUAUGUUGUCUUUGCACCUUUGUCAACUGAAUAAAGGGUUGAAUGAUUUGAAAACCAUCAGAUUCUGUUUUCAUCAAUACUUAAUACAAUACUCUCCACUUGAAAUUGUAGUAUGUUGACUGUAAUAGACCGAAAUAAUAAUAAUAAUAAUAAUAAUGUGUAUGUCUCUGUUUCAGUCCCAGGAGUCACACUGUGAGCACUGUGAUGUAGAGUGGAUAAAGAAAGCUGGCGAUGAACAGUGAGUCAUAACUGAGAAAGAAGAAUAUAUUAAAACUUUUUUUUCAGUGUUUUCUUCUGAAUUUUUUAUGUGUGAUGUAUUUAUUUUGCAGGGUCAAUUUAGCUUUAGCUUACACUGAGCUGACAGAGGAGUUAGGUCGAAUCAGAGAUCUGGCCAUGAAACAGAGCGACCUCCUGCAACACAUCUCCCAGGAGCAGGGUGAGUCACAUGACUUGAUUUUUUUUUUUUUUUUUUUUUUGGAUCCUUGGAGUGCUAUUCAAGAGAGUUAAGAGUAGAAAUAUUCAAAUGGAGAGUUAUACAUUUGUUUGUUUAUUUAUAUUUUCUUAUUUUCUUAUUUAUGCCUAAUUUUCUAUAUCCUUUUAAAUUCACAUAUUUAUUUUAAUGUCAUUCUCUUUAUUAUUCCCAGCUUUUACUUCUUUCACUCUUGAUCUUUUUAACUUUACAGUAUUGAUACAAUAGUCACGGGAAGACAGCUUUUUCAAAAAUAGAAAAGAAAUGUCAAUAAAUAAAAAUAUUUCUCAUUUCCUCUCUUCCUUUCAGUCUCUCGUCCUCCUCCUGCCCCUCAGCGUCUCUCCCCCACCUCCCCCCAACGCCCGUCACUCUCUCCUGACAGGCUCCUUCCCACUCCCUCUCCUCCUUUGUCCCCAAAUGAUGGCCCCGCCUCCUACUCCCAUCAGCCAACCAGCAGCCGCCUACGAGCAAAGUUCCAGGGUCGUCGUAGUUACUCAGAGGUAAGGCUGGUAGAGAAGUUAUAGAUAUACACACCAAAACAGGUUUUUCCUUACCAGCCAAAAAUAAGACAUAUAUUAUACAGUAAGGCACUUUAACAUGGGGCCUAAUGGAGAUUGACGCACCUUUGGGUCUCUAGUGGACAAAUGAAGUACUGCAGUUUAUUUUGCACUACUGCAUUGCAUAGAUUUUAUAAAUCAUUGAAAAAUAUGUUUUUAUCAAGAAAAAUUUAGAGUACAAAAAUAUGAAAACCUUUCUAAAAUUCCUAUUAAACUCUAUUAAAAUAUAUUUAACUCUUUUGAAAGAAGAAGAUACAAACGAGCUAUCAGGUUUUAUCCUUUUUGGAGGUCAGCACAAUAUAAAGACUGGACUAUUGCAUUGUAUUGUAUUAUAUUUUAAUGCAGAUACCAUUAUGUUUUCUACUGAACCCCCAAUAAGUGAAGCUCUUUUGAUGUAACAGUCCGAUUGGUUGUGACAUUUCCUUAAUUUUGGCACAUUCAUCACAUUCAUGCAUUGAAGCUUAUCUAAAAAAAGUCAUUAUUUCAACUUCACUUUGCAACUGACCCUCAUCAUAGUCCUUUGACAUUUGACCUCCUUCUUUUUCUUCAGGUGUCUGACCCAUCAGCCAUCCAGAGGCCCCAAGCUCGCCUGCUUAGGGACCCCGUCUCCACCCUCCCCAAACCUCGCUCUCUCCUCGGGGACGGUUAUGCUCAAACCAAACAUCAGCUCCGGGCCUCUUUGGUCGGGCUGGUCAGACCGGCAUCGGCUCAUGGAGCUGGGGGCGAGCGAGGAGGAGGUGGAGGGGGAGGAGAGAGAGGAGGUGGUAGCAGUCUGAGCAGCAGUCCUCAUCACUGUGCUUUGGACCUGGGUUUCCCUCUGAACACUGAGGUGAGAGUCUGGUUUUCUGGCUGAGACAAGCAGCAGCAGCAGGACAGUUUAUGAAGUUUCUGACAAAGUUUAAGCAGCAGAACAUCUUUGCAUGAAAAAAUACAUCAUAAUAAUCUAAAAUACAGCUCAUAUUCUGUAUUAUUUGGUAUUAGAAUGUGUUUUUUGUCAAAUGAUUUGUAAUUCUUAUUUUCUGCUAUCUCCCUCAGGUUCAUCACUUCCGUCACCAUGACAACCCGCCUGAACCCACCCCUCUGGUGACCCCCCCACAGUCCUCUGAUGAUGAAGAGGUGAUGAAGUUAAAAUAAAGCACAUCAGGCAUUCAUUAGGUGGCUGAGUUACUCAUACAGAGGACGUCUGUGUGCAUAUGAUCAUUUUCAGGAUGUUUGUCCGUAUCUGUCGCCGGCUGCCAGCCCACCUCGUACACUUGGCGCCAUUGGGAUCGGCUCGCCGUCACCCAGGGAACAGCCUCUACAUCCGCCUUUUCCAUCUCCAAGGAAACAGCCCCACCACCCCUCCUUCUCUGCCCCUGAGGGUCCUGCCACCCUUUCCUGCCAUCUGCCUCCCUACAUGAACACUGAGCAUGCUCAGUCGUGGCCCUCUAUCAACGUGAGUGGAAAGAAUAGAGAAUUACAGAAAUCAGAUAUUAGACUUCCUUUUGUGUGUCAAUGAUUUUUAAAAGAAAGGAAAAAUAAAAUGUUUAUACUGUAUAAAAUAUAAGGAGAGUAAGGAUCUAUUAUAGAUAUUUUUAGCCUGUGUUAAAUCAGAAAGGUCAGUGAUUUGCUGCCUCAGGUUUAAUGAGAAUGAAGAUUUUCUGCUCAGAUACACAAAAAGAUGAAUGACAGUCACAAUUAAAAGAGAAAUGCUGUAAUCCAAUUCAUCAAUCCUAUAAUCUGGUUCCAGAUUUUCAGACAUUGAAUUGCCUGUUCCAGAUUUAAAAUGUGCAAUGAGGAUCCAGAUGUUCAAAGUUUAUCUGUUCAGAUUGAAUCAAAUCUAUGGAUGGAGUUUUAAAAAAAGGAUUAUAAAGAGGUUUUGGAUCAGUUUGGAUAAGUUUUUUUGACUGGUUAAAAUCUGUAGUUAUGUCAUUGAAAACUUCUGAGUAGGUCCUUGAUAACUGUGACCCAAAAAUUGGAUUAUUCUGACCCCAGCAAAGGGCCUGACUCAGGUUGGAUUACAGAAAUUUACUGUAGUAAAACUAAACUUCUGAUAGUUUCAGCCUCUCUGAAAAGCCCUUUUAUACCUUUUUAUUAUCUUUGUUUUAUUUUCAAUGAUUUUUAAAACCUAGAAAUUAUUGAAAUUUAGGGUUUUAAAUUGAAGUUGUCUGAGAGAAACUUUUUGGUUUACAUUCUUGACACUUUACUGAAUUAAAUCAUCUACAGUAUAUCUCAAUUAUCCAUUAUCUAAUCUAAUGUUUUUUUUUUCUGGACUCUGUGUCUACCCCUGUCUGCAGUUAUGGAUGGAGUCUGAAGAGAGCGCCGUUCGAAGCUGUCCCCUCUGUCAGCUGACCUUCCCGACCGGUUACCCUGACGACGCCCUCAUCAAACACAUCGACUCCCACUUGGAAAACAGCAAAAUAUGACUGUCACAUCAGGCGUCUGAUACACCAACUUCCACCUAUCUCAUGAUGAGGAAAAGUCAAGGAAGAGUUGAAGGAUUUGGACAUCGCUCAGUGCAAACUCAGUCCUCUGGUACAGGAGGUGAUGCCCAGCUUCUGCCUGUUCAUCUCCAAAUGUUGGGAAAUAUACCAGUGACCGUCCAGUUUUCCUCCAAAACACAGACCUUGUUAGUCCACUCGCUCAUCACCAGGUUAAAAAGAUGCACAAACAUUGCCCAACAACUUUUACAUCAUAUCAACAGUUUAUCACCAGAUAGUCUCUUUUCUCCUUAAAAACACUCAACAGUGACAAGAUCAUGAGUGUCAGUGCUGGAGGAACAGCACAUAAGGAAAAAGACUGAGGUGCUGAGACACAAACUGCUUUAUGCUGGUCUGAGAUCAGCGCUGCAGACUGGAGCACAUUUUGUUUUUAUCAAACCAACUUGAUGCCACAGCUCUCAUCGUAGUCUUUAGAGGAUUGAAAAACAGAUUUCUGAACCAGUGAGGAAAUAUAGGGAGGUAAAAGACUCAGAGGUACAAGAGGAAAAAAAACAACACAAUUAUUGUGUGAAUAUUACAUUGUUCGAAACAGAUUGACAUUAUUAUGAGGUAAACGAUUAUUGGCAUUUUAAUGUUUGAUCAUGAGGAAGUUGCUGUCAUAAAUAUUUAGAACUUCAUAAAUAUUAUAAAUCACAGUUAUUCUUUAUUCUGUCUCCUCUCUAAAGAGUAGUACCUGUUGUUAAGAGUUCCCUUAAAAACUUCAAAACUGAAGCCAGAAGAUGAUGGAUUCAUAAGAAGGAGAAACUCCCUCAACUUUAGGAGCAAAUGUCCAAAAUGAGUCUGCUCCUGCAGGAUAUUUGUUUUCAACAUAUUUUCACAGAAUAUUAACAGCAUGUGCACAAGUUGGUGUCUGGUUUAACAAGAUAAUAAUCUUGUCCCAAACAACAAAAUCCUCCACAAGACAGCGGCUGUCCAACACAAGGUAGUAUCUUGUUCCUAUGAGGAAAUAAUUUUGUGCAUCCAAGAUAAUAUUUGUUUUUACAAGAUAUUUUACUAAUGCAACCACGAUCAUAUAUUGAUCUUGCAAGAUUAUCAUCUAGUAAAUACAAGUGUAUCAUUUUUUCACACAGAAUAAUUAUUUAGUUUACAGGUGUUUAUGACUAAUUCUCACAUGAGAAUAGUCAUGUCAGACAUGACACAAUUUUACACAAGAUAAUUGAUUUUUAGCCUGAGAUAAUAUCCUGUGAAUUAUCUUGUGCACAAAAGCUAUUAUGUGGUUUCAUAGGAUAAUUUACUCAUCUACGUAAGAUCAGCAUAAGUUGCUCAAACAAAAUCAUUGUCUUGUGUGCACAAGAUAACUUAUUCCCCCUGAAAAAAAUGACUUUGUGCAAACAAGUUGAUGAUUUAUUUCUGAAAGAGAGUCGGACUUAGUUUAAAAGGAACCCUUGAAAUUUUCAAAACUGGAGUCAGAAAAUGAUAACUUAAGGAUGAGAUAACUUAAGCAGUAAAUGAAACAGCAGUCCCAUAAAAUAUGAGAUACCAUCACUUAACCAGAGGUGAGUUUAGGGUCAGCAGACCAAAACAAAGAUGGCAGCACCUUUCUAGCAAACUCAGCUGAUCUUCUGAUUGAAGCAAAAAAGUCCCUGGGGGCCAGAAAAACACAGGAAAGGAAAGCUGUCGGCCUCACAAAAUGAGUGGAUUUUGCAGUGAGUCUGUUCGAAGUUCUGUUCAACUUUUAAAUUGGAUUUCAUUGACACUGUUACAAGAUGUCAUACAAUACAGGAGUUUGGACCGCCCCUGUUUUCUGCUGGUCCUCAUCUUGAACCAGUUCUGAAGUAUUCCUUAUGAGCUAAUGGAGAGCUGACUGAAACCAUGAGAUUCAAAUGUAUGAUAAUGAGAAAGAUAAUGUACAACUUACCUUAUAAUGUGUGCCAUAGCUCUUGAUAAUAGCUUUAUAUCUUGUUAUAAUAAAUUAUUAUAUAAUUAGGGCUACUUAUUUGUAACUGUUUUCCAGUUUUACAACAUGUUUAUGAUUCAUCCUGUGAAACAAAUUGAGAUAUUUCCAAAAGAUGUGAACAAAAGGAAUGACUCUUCCUCUUUAAAUUACAGUUUCAGGUUUCGAUUCAGGCCUAAAACGUACCUCAUUUUUGUUUCAUUGAAUUUUAUUAAAGUCAGUAUCAUCUUCCGGCAGUGACGCCAAUAAAACUUCACACUUCCAUAAAUGAGCUGAAAACUCACCUCAGAGGACUGAAAGACCACAGGAGAAGUUUCUGACUCUCAGCUGUUACUGUCUAAAGGAUGAAAGCCAAACUCUUACCACUUUAUGAAGCAAAAAAUGAGAAAAUAUCAUAUUUAGGAAGAGGAAAGCUUUCCUUGUUUGAAGCAGAGACUCCUGGAGCAGCAACAGUUUGACUCUUCCUCUGAUGGAUUUACAGUUUGAAGAGCAGCAGGUGAAUGUUUCACUGCCUUGCUCAAAGACACUCCUCCUGAACACUCGGCUGUGACUUGACCAACAAAGACUGUUGAAAUUAAGCUAAAGGCGCUGCUGUGGGGAACUGAACUGACUCCAGAUCAGUGUCUGUGUCAAUUUAACUCCUCUUCUUUACAGCAUCUCAGUCACCUGGAAGCAGCUCAGCAGGCAGGUUGAGUCUCUUUUGAAUCCUUUUUCAGGAUGAACUCUUUUCCCAGUUUGAUCUUUGAGUGUUUAAGCUGUUUGUAAAACAGCCGCCCAUCUAUUCAGAUCCAAGAGGUCAAAGACAUUAUAUCUGGGCAAGAUCUUGAGAGAAGGGCCUCAAAACAAGAAGAGAUGAUUUAUAAAGCACAUUUCCAGUAAAAUAGGAUAUAAAGUGCUUCGUAUAAGACAAUAAAAACAUAAGGGCAAACAGUAAAAAGACACAACAUACGUAUGAUACCAUUUCAGACUCGCAAUAAGCAACAAAAAGGCCAAAAGAUGAUAAAAAUACCACAGAGCAAUCUUAUAGUCAAAAGAUUUUUACUUGUGCACACAAGUUAAUUAUUAAGAUGUACAAGUUACUGUCUUGUGCACAAAAAUGAUCAACCUGUGAGCACAAAUUUGACUUUCUUUUGUUCUUUAGAUUUACCGUGGAGUUAUUUGGGCAGGAUGCUUUUGUCAGCUGGAUCAUAGUUUCUCCACGUAUCUAUGUGGAGAAAUAAAACUUCUCCAACCUAAUAACAGUGGGAUGUGAAGCUGUCUCCAUAAUCUGUAUGAAAAAUACCAGAUUAUAUUCAAUUUGUUUUCCAUUUUAAAUGUGUGUCUCUUCUCAACACAGGGUUCAGUUUAUUACAGAGAUCAAAAACAGGUUCUGUUUAAGGUACUUUUUAGAAAGGGUUUGAGGGCUCACACAUGUAUAAAGUGUUUUCAUGACACUCUGACGUCCAGUGCAGAUGCACUGAUGUAAAUAUAAAAAUGUAAAUGUGCAAUAUUACCGAAAAUGAACUAAUAUAUUGUACAUAAAGCUCAGAUAAACUAGGUUAGGGCUAUAACAUGAGAAAUCACUUCAGGAUACUCAUCAGUUAUGUUUGAUAACACACUAUUAAAAAGCUGCUCUGUUUGAAAGUGAUGAAUAAAUGAUGAAGUUUCUUUAUUCUUUUAAGGUUAUUUCAAGGCUGAACAUGGUGCUUUGUAGCUGCUUUUUCUUUUACUAAAACCACCAAUCUCUUUUUUGUUUUGUUUUUUGCAGCAUGUGAGUAAAAAUCUGUCCUUCGAUGGUGUACUUUAGAUUUUUGUUGCUUUCCCCAUGAGUUCAAUAAUCUCAUCACUCAAAUCAUCACCAAGAAUAAGUCUGAUAGGGCUUCAAUUAUGAGUGUUGAAAAAGAAUUAAUUAUAUAUGUGCAACGGGGCAUUUUCAGUACUAGAAGGUUUUGGGAAGGAGCACACAAGAUAUAAAAACAUGUUGAAAUAAAAAAGGGGGGAGAGGGACUCUGUUGUUUUGCAAAUACAUACCUUUGCUAUAAAAUUCCUUUCUGUCACCAGCAAAGAGGGACAUUCGCAGGUGGUUCUGGUUGCAUUCAAGGCCCUGUAGGAAAAUUCUGGAGUCUAAAAAUCACCCACUUUAAAUAUGUUCAAUGAAAACAUGGUUAAAUAUUUUAAUAAUUUUCUGCAGUUAACAUCUUUGUAUAUCUCUGUAAUGUUUAACUUCAUUAAUGGUUAUCUUCUUUAAAAGAAAAAAAAAAGGUGAUUCAGUUUUUCUUUCAGCUCUGUUAAAAUUAGGAUUUGAAUGCAGCCAACAGGGGGCGCCGUUUGUCUGUUCCACUCCCUGUUUUCAUGAAUACCUCACUGCAACUUCACUGUUUACAACAGAGAGAGAAAGAGAGAGAGAGAGAGAGAGAGAGAGAGAGAGAGAGAGAGAGAGAGAGAGAGCAGGCUGACUGCUUUAAUACAUCAUGUGUAAGAAACGUGAAUGAGGAUUUCUGCUGUAAAUGAUCCUGAAUGAGAAAUAAAGAGUUCAGUUAAAUCCAGA